AUGGCAGCUAAAAUAUCUGUGGGCAGGAUUGAUGAAGAUCUACUGACAUGUUCUGUUUGCUUGGAACGUUACAAGAAUCCAAAAAUUUUACCAUGUCACCAUUCUUUCUGUGAGCAGUGUUUGGUGAAGUUGAGACCACGUGACACGAUUAAAUGCCCCAACUGCAGACAACGUCAUUACGUGAGUAAUAUUCAACAACUUCCACCAAGUACGAUAAUUAAUUCUGUCAUAGACAUUAUUGAAGAACAGAAAAGGCAGGGAGGUGAUAAAACAUGCCAUGGUUGUGAAGAAAACUCAUCAACAAACAGGUGUGUAGACUGUGCUAUGGAUUUGUGUACAACGUGCACCAAAGUCCACAGUAAAAUGCCAGUUAGUCGACAUCAUCGUAUUAUGACUGUUAAGGCGUUUAAAGAGGCCAUAAGGACAAAAUCGAUAGUUUUUCCUGCAGUUCACUGCACUUCUCAUAAAGAUAAACUUAUUGAACUUUACUGUGAGAAAUGUCAAAUAACUAUCUGUCAUUUAUGUUUGAGGUCAAAUCACAAAGGUCAUGAAUUGAUUGACUUACAAGCCGCAGCAGAUAGAUUCUGUAAGAUGGCAUCAGAUCACAUAAAACUCUUGAAAACAAAGCAAAGUGAAGCAAAACAAAGCAAAAUAAAGGCCAUUAAACGAAAUGGAGAAUUAGCAAAACAACAUUUGCAGCGAAAACAACAAAUAAAGCAACAUUCACAGGAAACUAUUGAGAAAUUAACAAAAAUAAUAAAACAGGAAGAAAGCAGUCACUUGAGUAAAUUAAAAACUGAUUAUGACAAAAUGAACGAAGAGAUCAACAAAGAAAGGCAUCAGUGUGAAACAACCGAGAAACUACUGAAAAGUACAAUAACGUUUAUAAACAAUUUAUUAAACUAUAGCAGUGCUGCACAGCUGAUGAAAACUAGUAAAGAAACAACAAAUCAACUGGAAACUAUGAUGUCACUUGAUACAACAUGGAUUGAUAAAAAUAAAUCACUUCCAAAGUUUUAUCCUGGUGACAUCACCCUGCAAGGCAUGCUGGGAACAUUUCAGUCUAUGGAGGUAGAUUCUGUCUCACAUUCACAUCAGCAAACACAAGAAUCAUCACAUGUUAUAAAUGCACCAAUGAAAUUGGAGGCAAUCUCAUGGCUAGCAGGCAGUUUUCCAGGGUUGUUCGUUAACCCACUGGGAGUGUGCAUCAAUAAAUGUGGUGAUAUCGUGGUGGCAGAUAAUAAGAAUAAAAGACUUCAAAUUAUAGAUAUUGUGGAAGAUAAUUUAUUUGGGAUUUCAUUUAAAUAUGUCGAUCAAAAGUCACAGUUACAAUUUACAGGAUAUAGUAAACCAGUCAGACCCAUAGAUGUAGCAGUGUCAGUAGAUAAUACAUAUAUUACAAAUGGGUAUUUGAAAGGCAAUGAAGCAAAUAAUCAGGUGAUUGUAUGUAAUCAAUAUGGGAAGGUUAUAAAGUGUUUUGGUGGAAAAGAAUUACAGGAUCCGUGUGGAAUUGCUAUCAACCAUAAUAAUGGUAUUGUAUAUGUGGUUGAUAGUGAUUCAAAUUGUAUAAGAUUAUAUGAAAUAACGGGUUACAAGUACAUUAAGUCAGUUGGUAGUAAGGGUCAAGGGUCAUGUCAGUUUGAAUAUCCAAUGUUCAUAGCUAUGAAUAGUAAGGGAUGUCUAAUAGUCUCAGAUGCAGGGAACGAUCGUAUUCAAGUUCUCACAUCUGAUGGAUUAUUUAUGUUUGCAUUCAGUGGUUGUCCAAAUGACAAGUUUGACUGGCCCUGUGGCAUUGCUACUGAUAAGAAUGAUAAUAUUUAUGUAUGUGAUAGUAACAACCAUAGAGUGCAGAUGUUUAACAGUAAAGGUGAAUUUAUAACCAAUAUUGCUAGUGGUAGAUAUGUAUUGAAUGGCCCUAGAGGUAUAGCAAUUACUAAUGAUGGUAAAGUUGUAGUCACUGAUGCAUGUUCUCGUGUUAACAUUUUUUCAUAUUAA